AUGGCGGAGCUGGAGGGGCGGCUGACCUGCGCGUCUGAGCUGCUGACAUCGCUGCGGGAGCAGGUGGCGCCGGCUCAGGACUGCGCCGCCGCCGCCCAGCGCAUGGCCCGGGACGUUGCCGCGGCGCAGGAGCACGCCGCCGCGCGGCUGCAGGCCCUGGAGGACGCUGCGAAGGACGCCGCCGCCGCCGCCGCUGAUGACAACGCCGACGACGAGCAGAGCGAGACCGCCGCUAGCGGCGCGCCUGCGGCUGAGCUGCAGGCGGUGUCGCGGCGCGUGACGCGCUGCGAGGUCGCGGCGGGGCAGGCGGCGCAGGCGCUGGCGCAGGUGCGCCGCCUGACAGCCAAGCAGGCGGACGGCGAGGCGCGCGUGUCGGACGUGGCGGGCCGCGUGGCGGGCGUGGUCGGCGGCGCGGCCGAUGCGGCGGCGCGGCUGGCGGCGGCGGAGGGGCGCUUCAACUCAAGGGUUAACGUGUGCCGCAAGGUGCUAGACAACCUGGCAGACCAGCUGACCGCUCUGGGCAACAUGGGCUCAGCCACGGGGCGCGCGUCGCCCACCAAGAACCCCCUGGCAGGCAAGCGGGGGGGCCUGACCCCCAAGAGCCCCGCCAUGGUCGCCCUAGAGAACAAGGUGGAAGCCAUGCGCACAGCCCUCACAGCUUCGGUGCGCCUGCUGCUCGCAGAGUUCAGCGCAGCGGCGCCGGCCAUCGACGACAGCCCCGCGGCGCGCGCGGCGCGCGAGGCGGGCGGCGCGGCGGCGGCGGCGCUGGGCGCGGCGAGGGCGCUGGGGGAGACGCACACAGACCUAGAGCUGGCCCUGGAGGAGCGGCUGGCUGAGAUGAGGCGGGAGCUGAUGGGCGUGGCGGCCGGCAACAUGCAGGCGCAGCAGCACCUGCAGCAGCCGCAGCAGCAGCAGGACCAGGCUCAGCAGGAGCAGGAGCAGGAGCAGGGCGACCAGCCGCGGAUCGAGCUUGACGAGGAGCUCAUCGGCGACCCUCGCAGCGGCGUCGCCGACGACACGACGCAGGCGCUGCAUGGCGAGCUAUCGGUGGAGUGGCUGUGGCACCAGCAGACCAACGAGGUGCACUGGUACCGCUACAGCAUUGCGGGACGGGACCAGCUGCCCAACAUGCACAUGGACUCGCGGCUUUCCGACCACUCUAAAAACAUCAUGUACCUCCUGAGGUGCAAGGACCCCCAGAGGUGGACCAUCGAGGCCCUGGCCUCCAAGUUCAGGGUGCGGCGCCAGCGUGUGCUGGCCAUCCUGGCCCUCAAGGAGAUGGAGGCGCAGGGCAUGGAGAGCGGCCGCCUCAUGGCGGGGCCCUUCGCCCCCUUUGCCUUCAACGUCCACCUGGAUGACUUCUUGACAGACAGCGGCGGCGAGCCACUCGAUCUCGGGGACGUCGUACACACAACAGACGCCGCGGCAGACGCCGCCGCUGCGGCGCAGCAGCAGCAGCAGCAGAAGCAGAAGCGGGACAAACGCGGCGGCGCCGGCGCGGCGGCGGCGGCGGACGACCUUCUCGGCAGCCUAUCGGAUUUCGUUGACAGCGGGGCCACGCAGCAGGGGCAGGCGGCGGGCGGUGAGCUGGAUGCUUUGUCGCGGCUGCAGCUGGCGUCCGGCGGCCGCGAGCACGACCUGGCCCUCACAAUGCCACGCGCCGCCGCCGCCGCGCAGCGGGCGCAGCUGCAGCUCAUGAAGCUGCUGCGGCGGGUCGGGUACAGCCGGGAGGAGCUGCGGCGGCAGCUGCUGGCGCAGGUCGACGCGGCAGAGGCGGCGUGGACGGAGCACGUUGCGGGCAGCGCGCUGGAGGCCGCCCUCAUUGCGGCGGCGCGCGAGCUGGGGCCGCCCUACAGCUUUUGGCAGCAGGAGCAGCAGCAGCAGCAGGAGGGAGCGUCGGGUGCUGACGGCGGCGGCGAGGCGGGCGGGGAGGAGGGGAAGGGGCAGCAAGAAGGGGGUGGCGGCGGCGAGGGCGCGGGCGCGCCGCUGCCGCGCUUCCUGGACUUUGGGUGGAUGCGGGCGCAGGUGGAGGAGGUGGUGGAGGCAGCGGCGCCGCUGCUUGACCUGGCUGGGCCGGCCGCGGAGCGCGAGGCGGUGCUGCUGACGGGGCAGCUGAGGAGCCAGGAGUCGCCGCCGGCGGAGCCUGCUGAGGCUGUUCCAGCCGGCGAUGCCGACGAGCAGCAGCAGCAGGAGCAGCAGCAGCAGCAGCAGCAGGCGGCGUCCCCGGCGGCGGCCACCCUCCGCGACCUUGUCUCCGAAGCACCGCCAGAGGCGCUGGCGGCCGCGUUCAACGCCCUCGAGCUGGAGCAGCGCCGCGCCCUGCUGGCGGCCGCCCCCGAGGCCCGUAUCCCCCUCAACGUGCGCGGCAUCGACCUGAAGGCGGCGGUGGCCAGCUCUGCUGACGUGGCUGUGUCCUCGAUCGGCGACGGGGACGACGGUGACAGCACCCGCGGCAGGGGCCAGGCGACGGACCUGCAGCAGCUGCCGGACUGGCCGGGGCAGGCUCCGCGGCUCGUCGACGCGUUUGGCUUCCAGGACAUCCCCGGGCGCCUGGUGGCGCGCGCGCUCGCGGCCGCCGCGCCGCUGGAGGCCGCGGCGGCGGCGCUCGACCUGCUGCUCGGGGCCGCGGCCGGCGGUCGCGUGGGCGAGGGCGACGGGGAGGGGGAGCUCGCGGCGGCUGCGGCGGCGGCGGCGCGGCCGGCGGGUGCUACGUCGGGCGACAUAGCGUUUGUCAGGGAGGCGGCGGCGGCCUACUCCACUCUGCUGUGGGCCUACGACAAGGUCCUGGACGCGCAGGCGGCCGAGAUGCAGGGCACUGACGAGGCCCCGCCCCCCACCCCCAACGGCCAGCGGCGCCUCAUGCGCAUCCUCAGGGAGCUUGACCCCAGGGCCCUGGAGAAGCUGCUGUACUGGGAGUCAUGGGAGCGCGAACUCAAGGAUGACCCCGAGAAGGCCCACGCACUGAGGGGCAAGAUACAGAAGAUCCUCAACCGCAUGAACGAGGCCGCAGCAUCGGGCGACGCCGCCGCAGGCGUUGAGGGCGCCGCCGAGGACGAGGGCGAGGGCGGGGCGGGCGCGGGCGCCGGGGCAGGGGCGGGGGCGGGGACGGCGGAGGGCCCCGAGUACCCUGAUCUGCCGCGUCUGAAGGACCCGUCUCGCGACAUCAACCAGCGGCUGAGCCAUGACCUGAUGGCGGCCUUCCUGGACGCCGUGGUGGUGGGGCGGCAGGGCAGCGGCGACCGCCACUUUGUGCGGCUGGACACCUACCCCAAGUUCGAGGGCUACUCCCUAGAGGAGUUUGACCAGGUGCGCGAGGGGGAGCUGAGCCUGCUGUCGCGCCGCGUGGCGGAGCGCGAGGACGACAUGAUGUGGCGCGAGUUCAGGGACCGGCUCUACUACAACCUCGGACUGGCCGGCCCUGGCCUGUCGGACACCCACGGGCACGCGAAGCCCCAGCGCCCCGAGGAGGGCUGGUCCUGGGUGGUCCACGACACCAGCCGCCACUGGAACAGCAAGCACGAGCGGAAACAGCAGAAGGAGCAGCAGCAGAAGCAGCAGCGGAAGCCCCGGCCUGGUAAGGGCGGGCCCAUGCCGUACGUGGCGGAAGCGGACGGGCGGCUGAGGGCGAUGGGGGAGGAGGAGGCGUACCUGCAGCAGCGGCGCACCCCGCGCGAGCGGCGGCGCUGGUUCGCGCAGAACCGGCGGUUGGGGACAGGCUGA